AUGAAGGCAACAGGUGUCUUAGUGCUUCUCAGCUUGCUGUUACUGUCUUUCUUCACUGAUGUAGCAGGUCAAGACAUUGAAGAGAUUUGUAGAGAGUUUAUGAACAGAAGUGUGUACUGUACGAGGGAGUCCAAUCCUCACUGUGGCACGGAUGGUGUAACGUAUGGAAACCGGUGUGUCUUCUGCAAGGCAGUUCUGAGGAGUGGAGGAAAAAUAAGAUUGAAGCAUCUGGGGAAAUGCUGA